UAUAUCAUAAACUCUUUAACACAAUAGUGGUUUCCUUCAUUUAAAUAUAUUGAUUUAAAAAUCUAUUAAGCUAUGUCUAAAGCUCAUCCACCAGAGUUGAAAAAAUAUAUGGAUAAACGUAUGCUAUUAAAAUUAAAUGGCGGUCGCUCUGUGGCCGGUAUUUUGCGUGGUUUUGAUCCGUUCAUGAAUGUGGUCUUGGACGAAACGGUAGAAGAAUGCAAGGAUAGCACGCGCAAUAAUAUUGGAAUGGUGGUUAUUCGUGGCAACAGUAUUGUUAUGGUUGAAGCGCUGGAUCGUGUGUAAAAGAAGUUUUUCGUCUUUCAAAAAGCUCAGGGUCCUUAUUGAGGAGACUUGUAGAAUACAAUAUUUUAUACUUCUAAUUAAUAAUUUAUAAAUAAAAGAUUUACAUUGUUCGUCU